UACCAGUCCACUAUUUCGAGGAAGCCUUGCAUUCUGGGAAAACGAUGUGGAGGACAGAAAGUCAUUCGUAUAACUGCGUGCAAACAGCCAUAAGAGAGUAUCCCGUAGUUAGCUCCCUGAACAUGGCGUGACGGCUCCAUAUAACUAAUGGUUAUACUGCCAAGGCUGGACACCGUAAUGACCGAGGAUAACUGGUAGUAAUCACCAGAUCGCCGCGAGUGUACUUGGCGUUUGAAUCGAAAAUGUCUACUCCGUAAAACAAUUCCGAUUAGUUUAUUCUCCUUUCUCUCUCUCUUUUUUUUCGUUUCGCCAGAAAAAAACAGCAAAAAAUCAACAAAGCGUUUUUAAGGUUUGGCGGUUAUUAGCCGCGCGCCAAAUAAUUGUCGACUUAUAUCACGUGAUGGUAUUAUUACCCAUAUAGGAAAAGAAACCUUGAUUCUAAACGCGUAAACAAGCGCAAUGAAAAGCUUAGAUAAUCCUAAUCAGUGCGACUUUCACUUGCAUAAAAUCGAUAUUUUUGACAGCUUGGAUGAGGAAGAAUAAGAAGCAUGGCAUUUAUCUAUACGAUCCCCUUCUGUUGUGCCAAUAUCCCCAACUGGAGUGUUGAAACGCGGAAUCAACACGACUAUCAACGUUUUAUCCAUUGAGCUGAGGCAAAAAUCGCGCCAAGACAGUGUUGGUGAGUUUAGGUUAACUAGCUAUGGAGAACAUUUUGCUUGAUCUUCUGGUUUGAAAGUAAUGAUAAUUCUGGCCUGAGGAAUCCCAAAAGCCAUUGAAUCGAGAUAUCAUGCAAAAUGUCAACCAAACGGCGGAUUAAUCUAGUUGAUCUCACUGGAGAUGGAGAACCAACCUCUGACUCGACUCGCAAGAGCCACACAGCUCCUACUGAUGGCCAGGAGCUUCGGGCGCGUCAGAGCGUCGUGGAUCUUUCUCAGGGGGAGCCGAGUUCCCAGAUGGAGCGUGAUGAAGAACUAUAUGCAAUGCAGACAGUUCAGGAUUCUCAAUUCGAUGAAACGGCUUACUUGACCUCAGAGCUCUACGGUAUUUAUCUCUUGGACAUGCCAAGAUAUCGCAGGAAAUGGACCAGAAAUACUAACUAGGAAAAUUCCUCUAGGCCAUCUGGAAACUAAAGUCGUGGGCGUGAGGUUCUACAAUGGCCAUGCCACAUUUGGCGAGUGUGUCCUUAUCAAAAGAGACAGCAACAACAAGUAUGAUUCAAAUGCUGUCAGAAUCGACAAUGUCAUGGGCCACCAAAUCGGUCAUCUACCUCGUGUGCUAGUUAGCAGGCUUGCUCCUUAUAUGGUAAUUGGCUGUCUCCGUUGCUAGACAUACUGGUGCUGAAUUGCCCUUAGGACUCGAAUGAACUGCUGGUAGAAGGCACACUCUCCGGUGAAAUCGGAGCAUACGACUGUCCUAUUACACUUCACCUGUAUGGAACAAGUGAGCCUGGGGCAAGGGAACAACUAAUGGAGAAAAUGCAACGUGAUAGGUUACCAACCACUGUGGUUAAAGCAGCAAUUCGGAAACAAAAACAAGAUCUUGCAAAGAAGGCCAAAGAGGAUGCUGCGAAGAUGCGUGCAAAUGCGAGAGCCUUAGCCCAGCAGAAGAAAGGCAAUCCAAUGUUUGCGAAUCUUUCCCAAGGGACAGAACCGACCCAGCAAACAGAGAGUUUGGACGAACUUCUUUCUCAGAGUAUCGCAUUUAACCCCCGAGAAACAGAAAAGAUUGUGGAGAAGUUUGGCAUGGAUGAAACCGAACUUUCACAAAUGCCAAUGUCAGAAUGCCCUCCUCAGCUUUCAACGGAACUCCUUCCAUAUCAGCGGCAGGGACUGGCAUGGAUGCUUGACCGCGAAUCCCCCAGCCUUCCAAAAGAAGGCUCUGACGAUAUUGUGCAGCUAUGGAAACGAGUUGGCAAGAGAUACAUGAACAUUGCAACUAAUUACUCAUCUUCGACUGCGCCGCCACUUGCAAGUGGUGGAAUUCUGGCGGAUGACAUGGGCCUUGGUAAAACGUUACAGGUCAUCUCGCUAAUACUAGCUAAUUCGACCCCCAAAACAUCAAAGUCUUCCAAGGCCACACUCAUUAUUUCUCCUCUUGGUGUGAUGAGCAAUUGGAGAGAUCAAAUAGCGGCUCAUAUUCACAAGGAGUAUGCUUUGCGUGUCCUAACAUAUCACGGCUCUGGCAAAAAAGAAGCUGCAAAUCUCUCUCAAUACGACGUAGUUAUCACUACGUAUGGUGCCCUUGCCUCAGAAUACGGACAAUUGCUCAGUGCAACCGGGAAGCUUGCAAAGACGAAAAGAGGGCUUUUCGCUAUACGUUGGCGAAGAGUGGUCUUGGAUGAGGGCCAUACAAUUCGAACACCAAAGACAAAGGCAGCUUGUGCAGCUUGUAUGCUAGAGGCAGACUCACGUUGGUCUCUUACCGGUACCCCCAUCGUCAAUAACUUGAAGGACCUGUACUCCCAAGGAAAAUUCAUCAGGCUAUCCGGUGGCUUGGAGGAUCUACCUGUCUUUCACAGUGCAUUGAUUCGGCCUUUGAAUGCUGGUGAUGAAAAUGCUAGCCUUCUACUCCAGGCCUUGAUGGCAACCAUAUGCUUAAGACGCAGAAAGGAUAUGAGCUUCGUAAACCUUCGUCUACCCCCUAUGGAAUCUCAUAUACUACACGUUAAAUUUCUUCCCCAUGAGAAGGAGAAGUACGAAAUGUUUGAGUAUGUAAUUACCCAUCCAAUACUUAACCUCAUUAAACAAGUAAAUAAUACCAAUACUCUAGGGCCGAGGCUAAGGGUGUCUUCAUGGACUUCCAGUCAAACAAAGGCAAGAAAACAACAUAUUCCCAUGUCCUUGAGGUUCUUCUACGACUUCGUCAAGUAUGCAAUCAUUGGAAACUUUGUCACGACCGUGUCAAAGGACUUAUGGAAUUACUGGAGAAGGAUAAGGUGGUUAAGCUCACUCCGGAGAACGUCAAGGCACUUCAAGCCGUAUUGCAAUUAAGGAUCGAGAGCCAGGAAGAAUGUUCCAUUUGCCUCGAAAGCCUAGACAACCCUGUCAUUACCCCCUGUGCACACGCUUUCGACUACUCCUGCAUUGAGCAGACAAUCGAACUCCAGCACAAAUGCCCUCUCUGUCGGGCCGAGAUCAAAGACUGCUCGGAAUUGGUAUCCCCUGCUGCGGAAUUUGGCGAAGACUGCAAUCAAGUUGACGUAGAGUCAGAUUCUUCGAGCAGUAAAAUCCAGGCUCUUGUCAAAAUCUUGACGGCAAAAGGUCAAGCCACUGGGACGAAGACGGUGGUUUUCAGCCAGUGGACAUCCUUCCUUGACUUGAUUGAACCUCACCUUGUCUUAUACAACAUCAACUUUGCCCGAAUUGAUGGAAAGAUGAACUCCGCCAAGCGUGACGCUGCCAUGGGUAAAUUCUCCCGUGACUCAGAAUGUACCGUGAUGCUUGCCAGCCUGAAUGUGUGCAGUGUCGGCCUUAAUCUGGUGGCUGCCAACCAGGUUGUCCUGGCUGAUAGCUGGUGGGCUCCAGCCAUUGAAGACCAAGCUGUGGAUCGCGUAUAUCGCCUGGGCCAGACACGUCCUACAACUAUAUGGAGACUCGUCAUGGAAAACAGUAUUGAGGACCGAGUACUUGAUAUUCAGAAGGAAAAGCGGGAACUUAUGAGCACGGCUUUCCAAGAGAAAGCUGGCCCUAAGGAUCAGACACAACGAUCUAGAUUAGCUGAUCUGGAAAAACUCCUUCGGUGAGAUGUUCUACGAAUACAAACUCAACAUUCGUACCAAUGACUUUAGUCUUGUAUAGUCUUUUUCCUAGUAGACACGCGGGCCAUAUAAAACCUUAAUACAUGAUCAGCCCUGUCCCCUGAAACAUUGCAGAGGGACAAUGUGAAUUUUGUAUAGUAAAUGUAUACGUAGAAUAGUACUAGACGGGCAACAGUUGUACAGGGGACCGCAAGAAACAUAAAAGUAAAAAAGGGUAUCAUGAUGCAACAUAUCCCGUGGUAACCACCUGUCUGGCCCAUUUCUCAUGUACACCCAAACUACUAAUCAACCUGCUUUUGAUAAAAACCGCAAGGCCCGUACUAAUAAAUAGCCAUAUGCAAAAACGCUGCACAAAUGG